ACAUUACAUAGUAUUACUAUUAUAUUUCCAUAGUGCUUUGUGAUUGUUCAUUUAUAUUAUGUUAUUUUCCAGAAACGCCCAACUAAAAAACGUCAGGGCCCUUUAUAACGGUUCUGUAGUGUUUUAUCACACAGAUUUAAGAGUUUGUAAUAAAAAAGACCAAGGCCUGGUUCCAAAACAAUUUUUGAAACUGAUGGAGACAAAAUCUUCCCAAAAUUCGUCGAGGAGAAAAACAGGAGAAAAAUACUACACAGAAAGAGUAAAGAAUGUGAACAUUUCCAAGAAAGAAUACCUUUUUGGCAUAUCACCAUGUUUAGCAGCACUUGAAGCAAGAAGAAGAAAAUUUUACUCUAUUUAUUUGAACGAUGAUGCAUCAAAUACAAAAUCAAGGCCGCAAUUUGAAGACUUGGAAAGAAUAUCAGCCAGAAGAAACAUUCCAAUUAAGUUGGUUUCAAGGAAACGCUUAGAUGAUCUUUCAGGAAAUCGUCCUCAUCAAAACAUUGUCAUAAAAGUUGAAAACUUGUCAAUGGUUCCUUUGUCAGAGAAGUUUGAUAGCGAUUCUACAACGGAAAAUAUUAAUGGAAGUCGUCCAUCAAUAUGGCUUAUUCUUGAAGGAAUUCAGGAUCCGAUGAAUAUGGGAGCAAUUUUACGCACAGCUGCCUUUCUUGGGGUGGAUAAAGUUGUUAGCAGUGAAUUUGACAGUUGUGCUCUGACACCAACAGUAAGCAAAGCCAGUGCUGGAGCAAUGGAAUCGUUACCUGUGUACACAACAAACAUCAAACAUUUACUAAAGGAAAAAGGUAAAGAAAAUUACGAUAUUGUUGGGACAGUUGGUGCAAAUUUCGUUUCCACAGAGAGAACCUUGCCUGUUGUUACCAUCAAUAAUUUAAAACUAGAAAAACCAUUGCUGUUGGUGUUAGGAAACGAGGGAAAAGGCCUUUCGAAAGAAAUCCAGAACUUGUGCACGAAAUUUUUGACAAUUCCCUCAAAGAAAUAUAAGAAAAUGAGCCAUCUAGAUUCUCUUAACGUCUCUGUGGCCACGGGAAUUAUACUGCAUUCUCUGCUGAAUGGUUAGAUCGUAAACGAACUGCUUCAUAUAGGAAUAAGAUUUCUUUGACGCAAAACUGACGGAAGUAUGGUACCAGUUUUGUGCAAUUAUCAAAUUAUUAUAUGUGCUGCCGAGCCACACAAUUGAACGAGCCACACAUUUACACAAUUGGACCUCUUCUGCCUUCUUAAGGUAAUGUUACACGACAUAACUUUCAAUAUCAACUCUCAACGCAACAAUGUUUUGAAAAUGGUUUACGCGUCAAAUAUGAUAUAUAUGAGCUAGUUUGUAACACAGAAAAUGUUUUGGAAACAAGUUGAAUGUUUAUGAACUGUUUUUAUUCCAUACAUCAUUGCUGUUUAGAUUUUUGGUUUUUGUUGCGUUGCGAGUUGAUGAUGAAAGUUGCUUCAUGUAACAUUGCUAUUUAAGGUAAUUGAUUAAAAGCAAUCACCAAUAUAUUACAACACCAUCAAUAAUAUUGUCUAGCAGAAUCACAAGCUACACAGGCCUUUGAAUUGGGGUGUAUAUUUUUAACUGUCAUUGUCAUAAAUAUAAUAAUAUAUCAUGCUAAGUUUCUGCAUCUGA